AUGUUGAGUUCUGUGAGCUCUAUCUUCGAUCCACCAGGCUUCAUGACACCUUUCACUGUCAGGGCAAAAAUUAUGUUCCAGGACGAAGUACGACGAAAACAAGGCUGGGACCAGAAACUGACAAAGGAAAAUGAAGAGAAAUGGACAGCAUGGUUAAAGGAGCUCAAUGCGAUGAACAACUUUCGUAUUGAACGCUGCAUAUUUCCAUCGCAAUUCAAACGCUUAGUGAAUGCCAAACUUCAUCAUUUCUGUGAUGCAUCAUCAAAGGCCUAUGUGGCUGUAUCAUACCUGAGGCUGCUAGAUGAAUCUGGACUUGUGCAUAACAGUUUUAUCAUGGCACGCACACGAUUAGCACCCAUUAAGACAACUUCCAUACCCAGAUUAGAGUUGUGUGCUGCAGUCUUAGCGGUUAGCUCCGAUGCUAAACUAGGAAGGGAAGUCUCAAUUCCAGUUACGUCGUCAGUAUUUUGGACAGACAGUAGGAUUGUCUUACAGUACAUAGCCAGCCCUACCAGAAGGUUCCAUACCUUUGUGGCUAACAGACUAGGAACUAUACAUAGAUUGUCAUUACCUCACCAGUGGCGACAUGUGUGCUCGGAAGACAAUUCAGCAGAUGAUGCUACCAGAGGACUCACAGCACGGGAGCUCAUAGUAGGAGGAAGAUGGAAAGGCGGACCAGGCUUUCUGUAUCAAUCAGAACUCUCAUGGCCACCAAUGUUCAGUCAUAGCUAUGAUAUUGAAGGAGAUCCAGAAGUCAGGAAGGAGAUCACUUUUCUAGCGGUAGAAACCCAAGACAAUGGUGCAGUUGACAAGCUCCUUUUACGGUAUUCGUCCUGGUACACCUUACAGAGAGCAGUAGCGUGGCUCCGCGCAGAUUUACAGAGUGGAUCAUGA